GAAGGAAAGAGUUAAGGGGUGGAGAUUCCCAGCCGGGAUGCUGACCAAAUAAGCGCCAUCAAAUCUUGACCGUCAAGUUUGUGGAUGUGAAGUGUGUAAUCAUUUGACACUGCUAUUUCCGCAUCCAGCUCGAUUAACAAGUAACUCGGGCUUGUGCGAGGCCGGUAUGACAUCCAAAUUGCGGCUCGGCAGCCGUCUGCAUGCUUAAAAGCGGACGUGGACGUGGAAACUAGCUCACCGAUAUCAUCUCAGUAAACUGCGGAAGGUAUCGACAAUGGCAACCUGCCGCUGACUUGCACUGCUCGUCGCCAUGCGGUGUAAACAGUCGACCAGCUGGACCGGAACCAGUCCUGAGAGGUUCUGAUAAUUGGAUGAGAGGACCGCUGCGAACGACGGGCGAAAACUACGAAUCCGGGGUGGUGUGUGGGCGGAGGGUCAAGGGAUAUUUGCACUGUAAACACGCCGAGUGACGCCAUGUGGAGCCCGCAGACGCGUGUGUGGAAAGUCGCCGCUGUGUGCUGCUUGCUGCUGCAAACAAUCCUGCACACUUCCACAGGUCUUAAUGUGUGUAUGAGUGGCAGCGCUACUUCGUGCGAAGAAUGCCUCAUGAUUCAUCCCAGUUGCGCCUGGUGCGCACAAGAGGAUUUUGGGAGGGGCCGCAUCCUGACAUCACGCUGCGAUUUUGUUGUAAACCUGCACAAGAGGGGCUGCCAGAGUCACUAUGUCGAAUACCCAACAAACAGUAUCAUGGUGCAGCAGAACAUGCCCCUGAGCUCCAAAGGGUCUGGCUUGACCCAACAGGAUGUAGUCCAGAUUAGACCUCAGAGGAUCUCACUCAGCUUGCGACCAGGAGAGCAGACAUGGUUUGGGCUGGAGGUGCGCCAGGUGGAGGACUACCCAGUGGACCUCUACUACUUGAUGGACCUCUCGCUCUCCAUGAAGGAUGACCUGGACACAAUUCGGAACCUGGGCACCAAGCUGGCCCUGGAGAUGGGCAAACUCACUAGCAACUUUCGUCUGGGCUUUGGCUCUUUCGUGGACAAGAACAUGUCGCCCUUCUCCUACACUGCACCCAAGUAUCAUGAGAACCCGUGCAACGGGUACAAGCUCUUCCCAAACUGUGUGCCCACGUUUGGCUUUCGCCACAUAGUCUCACUGACGGACAAAGUAGACCGCUUCAACGAGGAGGUGCAGAAGCAGAUGGUCUCCCGCAACCGGGACGCACCCGAGGGCGGAUUUGAUGCCAUACUGCAAGCGGCGGUUUGUAAGGACGAGAUUGGUUGGAGGAAGGAGGCAUACCACCUUCUGGUGUUCGCCACAGACGACGUGCCUCACCUGGCUCUGGACGGCCGUCUGGGUGGCCUCGUACAGCCUCAUGAUGGCCGCUGUCACCUAGACAACAACGAGUACAGCGCUUCCACUCGCUUGGAUUAUCCUUCACUGGCACUUCUGGGCGAGAAAUUGGCAGAAAACAACAUUUUCCUUAUAUUUGCUGUCACUAAGCGGUUGUACGUGAUUUAUAAGAAUUUCACGGCACUCAUACCGGGAACGACAGUGGAGAUCCUGGACCAGGACUCAAAGAAUGUAAUCCAGCUCAUCAUCGCGGCCUACAAUAACAUUCGUUCCAAAGUAGAGCUGACAGUCUGGGACCAACCCGAGGACCUCAGCCUGUCCUUCACCGCCACUUGCCAGGAUGGUGAGCCGCUACCCGGACUCAGGAAAUGUGCUGACUUGAAAAUAGGUGACACGGUGUCAUUUAACGUGAGUAUUGAGGCGCGGAGCUGUCCACUUCGCGGCACCGACCACAGUUUCACUAUCAAGCCGGUGGGCUUUAAGGACCGCCUGGAGGUCGCCAUUGAGUACCAGUGCGAAUGCGGCUGCACCCGGGCAGCCCAAAUCAAUAGCACCAUCUGCAGCUCCAUUGGCACGUACAAGUGCGGGAGCUGCCAGUGCGAGUUGGGCUACCUUGGCGACCGCUGCGAGUGCCAGGAGAGUGAGGCAAGCAGCAUCCACCCGGGCGCCUGCCGCGAGGCCGAAAGCAAGCAGGUGUGCAGCGGCCGCGGCGAGUGUAGCUGCAACCAGUGCCUGUGCUACGAGUCUGAGUUCGGCAAGAUCUAUGGCAGCUUCUGCCAAUGCGAUGACUUCUCGUGCGCUCGACACAAAGGCAUUCUGUGCUCAGGCCAUGGUGAGUGCCACUGCGGUGAGUGCAAGUGCCAUGCGGGCUACAUUGGAGACAACUGCAACUGCUUCACGGAAACGGCAUCGUGCAUUGCUGACAAUGGGCAGAUGUGCAACGGGCGUGGCAACUGCGUGUGCGGUCGCUGCCAGUGCACGCAGCCCGGCGCAUUCGGCGAAACCUGCGAAAAAUGCCCUACCUGCCCGGAUGCCUGCAAUACGAAAAGAGAAUGCAUUGAGUGUCGGCUUUUCAACUCUGGAAAGAUCUCAGACAACCAGACUUGCCAGCGUCUCUGCAAGGAUGAAAUCAUCACGGUGGAGUCACUCAAAACGGACGAGCCGGGUGCCGUGCUGUGCCUCUACAAGACGGACAACGACUGCGUGAUGAAGUUCACGUACUCUGAGCACGCCAGUGGACUGUCCGUUCUUACCGCCCUGACGGAACCGGAAUGUGGUGGUGGUCCAGAUGCUCUGAUGGUGCUGGUGGCGGUGGUGGGCAGCAUCCUGCUGGUAGGCGUGGUGCUACUCGCCGUCUGGAAGUUGGUCAUCACCAUCCACGACCGCCGGGAGUUCUCGCGCUUCCAGAAUGCUCGCUCGCGUGCACGAUACGAGAUGGCUUCCAACCCACUCUACAAGCAGCCAGUGUCAUCCAGUUUCGGGGAGACAGACAUGUUCGACAAGCCCUAUAAUGGAGGGGUCCACUGAGGCCUCUGCAUGUGGGGCGGCAGGACCGGUCCAGCAAGUGGAACCCUUAUG